GACGCAGGCUCACUUUUCCCAUUUCUAGAAUAUCAUUCAGCCUUCCAGGACAACAAAACUGGCAAUCUUAUAUCUUACCUCCACUGCGGAUGAGCGCAGGCGGCCUCGCGGGCGGCGGGUGAGCGCGCGGCGGCGCUGCCCCGAUCUCUCUCCUCCGACCUCCCCUUGGGCAGCCGCGACCAGAUCCAGAAUCCCCUCAGCGUCCUCUCUCGGCGGCUCCCUCCGCUGUGGCUCCUCGGCCACGCCCGAUGCCGGCUUCUGCGUCGGCGGCGGCCGCGGCCGCCCCAGCCCCAUCCGCCUCUCGCGCUCCUCCUCGUUCGACUUCUGCGUCUCCGACGGCGGGAGCUGCUGCUACGACUACGCCGGGCGCGACGAACUCCCUGGCCCGGACAACCACCUCUCCGGCUCCUUGCCCAGCUUCCGCGUCGUCGGCAGCAGAUGCUCCAGCUGUGCUGGGCGCUAUGGCUCCUCCUGCCGGUGCCAUCAACGCCGUUGUGCCCGCCCUGCAGCAGCCGCUAUGCUCCAGCGGGGUGUGUGUUUCGGCUGCUGUUGCUCCUGAGGCGACAUUGGAGCAACCAUGGGUGAAGGUGGGGGGCCGUCAGUGUCAGCGGCCGCGGCAGGAGUUGGCACCAGGGCCGCCACGCAGGAUGGAGACUGCCAGCUCCCUCGCCUUCAAGAGAAGAACCUACGGCCUCUGUUUUCGCUGCUUGGCGCCGAAGCAUCUCGUCGCUGAUUCUCGCGGUCCUGUCAGAUGCCUGGCAUGUGGCCUCCCAGGCCAUCGUGAACGUGGUUGUCCCUCGCGCCAGCCAACGGGGGAAGGUCGCCGCCUCCGUCCUCGCUCGCCUACGGCCUCACCGUGUCAUUCGAGGGACCUGCCGGACUGCCAGGCUCCUCGCCACUUCAGCAGCUCAAGUCAUGGAUCUCCACAUACGCAUCGACACACCUGGGCCUCGGUUGUUGCCCCUCCGGCUGUGGCGAAUCCCAGCGAUUCUGUUGUUGCUGAUUUGGGAUUGCUCGAGCCUCUCCUUGCUGCUCAGAUGGAAGUGUUGCGCUCUGAGAUGCAGGCCUUGACCGUCUCACGUUUGGAGGAGGUGGUCCGACCCCUUCAUGACAUGAUGACUGCUUUGGAGGGGUGGACGACUCUACUUCGGGGAUUCUUGGAGCGAAUGGAGGUUGUUGUUGGCCAGCUGGGCUACUCGCCGGCCUCGCCACAGUCGUUUGAGAUGCAUGUUGCAGGUUCUGUUGGGAAUGUUGCUGGUGUUGAGGAUUUCAUCGAGAGUGAUGUGGCUAGCUGCUCGUCUGAGGUCCUAGCUUCUGUUGCGCACCUUAGGGAUGCGACCCCUGUUCUGGUCUCGUCUCUGCCCAUGAAGGAGCAAGCUGAGGCCGGUGGGACUGUGGCAUGCGUGGAGGCUGCUCUUUGCAGGCUCCCGACUGUGCCUCUUAUGUCCCCGUUGCUCGAGCUCCAGGUUGGUUCUGCGGAUGGGAGGGAAGCAUGCAUGUAUGGGUGUUUCUCCCCUUGUGCCGCUCUCUGUACAUCGCCACUACCUGUCAUGCCAAGUGACUUCGGGAGUGUGGUCGUCAUCGAGGGCGUGACUCCGGUGCUACAAUGUAUGCCUGAGUUGCAGGUGUUAAGUGUGGAACCAUCUUCGCCUAUAUCGAUGGUGCUCUCGAAGGUGGGCUCGCUUGGGGCAGUGACGGUUGCCUCGACGCCCUCUCCACCUCCGUUGGAGCCUAGUCAGUAGGAGUAUGCAUGUGUGGAGGGUGAUGGUCCAGACAUGGCUAACACGCGAUCGCUUGAACCCUUUGGAGGUGUGGUUCCUAUGGCUGAUAAAAUUGUUGUGGCCGGAGUGUUGGUGCCUAAUCCUGGUGUUCUUUUAGCCACCAAGAUUUGUGAAUUCCUAGCCAACCUGGACUCUGAAAAUUCUGGAAAGACGAUUGGAUGCCUCUUGAAGGAAAAAACUUUGAGGGAGAAGCACAAGAAGGGUGGCACUAACUCUAGAUCUGGCAUCCUCAAAGAGAAAUCUUGCAGGAGCAAAAGCAAGAAGGAUAGCGCUAGAGGGGAGGCGCAAAUGAUUCCAUGAUGGAUGAUUCUCGGCUUUCUGAGUUGCAGAUGUGUGCUCAGUCAUGGGGGUGGUUUUCGUCGAUGUGUUUUCCUCGAGUUGCAUUAUGUCGAUUGGUUUUCUUUUGCAGUACAGGGACCCAUAAGUUGCGGGUUGCAGUAGUAGUGUGUUGGGUGCUUCGGUCCCGUGACUCCAUGAUUUGGGAGUAGUUCACAUGUGGAUG